AUGAGUUUCACUCCUUUUCGUGGUCGCCGUGGCAACCAGCACAACCCACAAUACAAUGCAGAUUAUAAUUCUUUUAACAAUAAUGAAGAAUUUGGUGGUGCUGGAUAUGGUGGUACAGACAACACAUAUAAUGAAUAUGGUUACGACGAUGAAUCGUAUUCUGGGGAAUGGGAGCAAGGUAAUGGAAAUAUGAAUGCAUAUGAUGCUAACUGGGGUAGACAAGAAGAUUUUGCAUAUGGUAAUAAUGCAAGCGAGCAAGGGUAUGCGGAGCAAUGGCAAGGGGAGGAGGAAUUUUAUGGGGAUGAAUUUGGUGGAGGAGUGGGGCAAAGUUGGAGCGGUGAUAAUAUGGGGUUCAAUAAUCAAAGAGGCUGGCGUGGUAAAAGAGGGAGAGGGGAGCACCUUCAUAGAGGAAGAGGUGGACCUGGAGAGAGAGGAUUGAUUAAAAGAGGACAUGGAGCAAGAGGCGGCAGAGGAUUUCUUGAUUCGAGUAAAAGAGGACGUGGCAUCGAGGGAAGAGGUGGUUUCGUUAAAAAGGAAGGGCGGGGUAAAUUACGCAGAGGUUUGUUUCCAAUUUUUGGACCACAGCGUGGAGAAAAUGCUGAUAAAAGCAGAGGAGGGUUUGUAGCAAGAGGACAAAAUAUACAACAAAGAGGGCUUUUGAAUAGGGGUGGAAUUUCACCAAUGAAAAAAACUUCCUUUGUGGAAAGGGGUAGAGGUGUUGUUAAAAGAGGGAGAGGUGUGAUGAUGGGUGGAGGAAGAGGUUUACUCCCCUUACCAAGAGGUUCAAUGAUUAAAAGAGGAAGAGCUGGGAUUACUGAAAGAGGAAGAGGGAUGUUACAGAGAGGGAGAGGAGAUCUUAAAAAGAGUGAUGUUGGAGGACAUGGAAGGUGGAAGAGUUAUCAAGAUGGUGGAAACAAUUCUACAUGGCAGGAUAAUGAAGAAAAAUACAUGCAUGGUCGUAACCCACCACAGUAUAGAAAUGAAUACACUGAAAUUCCUGAAGAGAGAGAAUGGGGGGGUGUUGGGUAUGGUGAAGAUCAGUGGCAAGAGGAUCAGAGUUGGAGCAUUGGCGAUGCACAAAGUAAUCGAAAAAGACCUUCUGGUAUGGAGAGCAAUCAAUUGAGAAAAAGUAAAAUUCCUAACCGGGGUCGUAAUUCUGGUGUUGGGGAUUACAGUCAGAGGUAUGUGGACAACUAUGAUGGAGGUUAUGCUGAAGGGUUUGAAAAAACUGAAAACAUUGAAAAAACUAAUGCUGAAGAAGGGGUUGAAGUGUAUAAGCAAGGGAUAAAAAGCCUAGGAAGAGAAGAGAGAUAUGGGUUUGAUAUUGUUACAGUUACGAAGCAAAAAAAUGAAGACAGUUGGCCACCAUUUGGGUUGGAGAGCGUAAUACAGAAGAGAAGCAAGGAAAUUCUUGUUGAUAAAUUAUUUAGGCUGCGCGUUCUUAAUUUAAAUCAGGCCGUUUUAUUAAUGCUAAAACACCUUGCAAAUUGUUUGGUGUUUCAAAAUAAAAUAGAAGAAGAUAUGAAAGAUACUACCCAGAAAGUUAAAGAUAUUUCAAAAGCACAAGAAUCUGGUGCUGAUAGUUCAAAAUCAAAAGUUGCUGGUAAAACAGAAGAAAGUUCAGAUGAUACUGCCUCAAAACCCAGAGAGAAUAGGCAAGACCAGUUGAUCAGUAUUUUAGAGGUGACGAUUAACGAAAUACUGGAAUCGCGGAAGCUGGAAGAAAAAAUGAAAAAACUCGAACAGCAAACCAGCUCUCCUAAUAAAAAGGAAGUAGAUAAAUCGCCAGAACCAUGUCCAGAAAAUUCAAGUCAAGUUGUUAAGCAUUCAGCUCCGACAGCGUUAGAACGAAUUGAUGAAGCUGACAAGGACCAGAGAUUGAUUGGUGUUGUUGGUUAUGGUUGCGCUAAUAUACGAUUAAUGCUUAACAGUUUACAACACCUGGGUCAUGUUGUGUUGUGCAAAAACAAAGUUACGAAGUCCUUUUUGAGGUUGUUUCCUGAUCUUAUAAUUGAAGCAUUUAAGAGCGACCCUAAGCAUGAUGUAGAAUUAUACACAGUUGUACUUGAUGAGGAAAAUGAAAUUAUAAAAAUCACACAUUCUAAUUUACUCAAUGCUGUUGUGGAAGUGAGGCUUACUUCUCCGAAAUAUUCACUCUCAUGGUGCACUGACACAGCUGAAGAAAAUCCAACUAAUGGUUUAAAUGUUGAUAACUGCCUCUCUAAUCUUACAUUGAUACGACGAACGAGAUGGUUUGACCGUAAGAUAAACAAAGCACCAGUAAAAGUUGGGACCAUUCGAUUAUUCCUUGAUAUGAAGAUACGUGGUAAUGGUUGGGCCGAUACACCAAUGUGGAUUGUAUUUGUAGUAGUCAACUUUACUAGUGAGGUGGGAAACAACAGUAAAGUUGAUAGUGAUCACCAUGAAGUUACUGCACAAGAUCAUCAGUGGAUUGCUAGCUUGUUUCUAAGGACAUUAGAAGUUCUUGCUAGCGGUGUUCUUCUGCCAAACGAACACGCAAUACUUGAUCCGUGUGAAGAAAACAUGACAAUCAAUAAGUUGUUGACAUGCCAACAAAUGGAGAACAUAACUUGUGCAGCACAACGAGAUUUGCGAUAUGUUUGCCAAGGGAAGUUUGAAGAAGUUCUAGGAUGUACAAUUUAGCUCAACUAUAUUUAAUAACGCUGCUGAAAGCCUGAAACUUAUAAACACUUCGUAGAGCUGGAAACUUUUGUUUCAAUUCUUUUUUAGGUAAUCCGAUACAUAAUACCGAGUCUUAAAAGUAUGGUAGGUGCAAUUUUGUUUACAAACUCUUAGUUAAUUUUAUCAAAAAAAAGUGGUUCAGAAACCUGUCUUUGCAUGCCAGUUUUUUAUGAAUGCAUGUGUGCCUGCGAAACAUUUAUUCAAGGAGCUUUUUCAUCAGCUACUUCAAACUGAUCUAAUGCUAGCUCUUUUUAUUUAACCCCAGGGGUUGCUCAUAACUGGCAGCCGUUUUUCUUUCAACAUCAUUUCUUUCAUUCUUGCAAUGUGUAAUUCACCACCUUUUCAACUCAUUGCAAGUUCAAAAUAAAUCAAGACAAAUGUG